CCGUGAUUCAGAUGUCAGAAGCAGUCUUAUAAAGAGAGCGAAGCACUUGUUAUGGUGCAGGUCUGGCGUGACCACGUAUUCUGCCGUGAUUCCUCUUUAGAGGCUAAAACGUGCGUCAGAUAGUGACUAAGCGGCGUAUUUUGGACGCUUUCACCUGAGGGGAAGAAUAUGUCUUGGUCAGGGAAGCGAUAGGGGUGUUUCUGACAGGAAAGAAAGCCAGGGAUGCGAAUAUGGGGUCGGGGUCCAGCAAGAAAACGUCGGAAGACAAACCACAGGGAGGCGUCAAGGGGCACGUGCAAAACGGCAAAACCAGGAAAACCAUCCCGCAAGACCACGGGAGAGAAGACGGGAAGGAAAGAGGCGGUGAGAAACGACAGAAACGGGACUCGAGAUCUCUGAGUGUUGGUGUUGGUGAAAAUACUGGGAGGAAAUCACCGUACUGGCAGACUGAGAGUGAUUUUUCUGUGUCUAAAAACGUGGACGCUGAAGUGAAUAUUCUAACGGGAGAGCUGGACGAAGCGCUACGGGACAACAGGCAGUACACCGGCGGCAGGCAACCCGCCAACGCCCGGCAACAAAAACCGCACGCCGGGGACUCCAACAACCAUCAGACUUCUAACAGCCUUGCCGUCAAGAAUGACAGAAACGCUGGCCGAAGAGAGCCAAGCUUGACUCCCGAGGGUAGAACUCGUAUCUCCCCGAGGCUGGGGAAGGAUCCCGACGGCACGGGAGACGACUCGGGGGUCGAAAACUACUCGCCCGAAAUCGACCACGAGAUAGAAGACACCCUAGCGCCAUCGUACCAGGUGCAGAGACCUGUACCAGUGGAUGUGGAGAGAUUUAAAGCUGCCAACAAAAAUAAACAAUUCAUCUUUGACACAGAAAACACAACAACAACAACAGAGAAUAACAACACAAGCGACACAGGGCUCUACUCCAAACAGAGAUUGGGUCCACCUUCUCCUGAUGGCCACCGUAGCAGCAAUGAUCCCUCCCCUGACUAUACGACAGUUGAGGCUCCAGUGGAAUACAACGAAUCCGAAGAAGACCUGAUGAAAGAAAUUGAGUCCAACUUCUAGUGAUGCUUUCUAUCAAAACAGACAUUCCAUUCAAUAACCAUUUUUUUUCAUGUCACUUGUUCAAUACUGUAUUUUACAAUGUAUGUUCUGUUACUGGAUGUUGUAAAUAUAUAAAGAAAAGACACAUAUUAUUAUGAAUUUUGUCAUUUCCCCAUGUUCACUCUACACAAGGACAUUUACCUUGGUCUACAUUGUUUUAAAUGUCUUUAAUAUCUUUAAAUUCCAUUUGAACUCUACUUUUUGCUUUAUGUUGCAUUAUUUUUUAAUCCACAAAUUGAAAAAAAUAUAUUGUCCCACUUAUAACUCCAAAAACAAUCUAUGUUGCUGUCAAAUUGAUGAAAGAAAUUUUUGUUUCCAGCCAAACUUUUUUGUAUCAAAAGAGACCCCUAGCAGUUCUUCAUAUUUCUGCACCAGGUGGCUUAUGUGUACUUACAGUGAACUGAAAUUCAAUGUACAUUCGUCAAGUUGUCAACAGAUACUGUGCCUUUUAUAUUCUUAUCAGAGACAAAUUCUGCAAUUGUGAAAACUGUAGAGUAUAAGUGUGCAGAUGCAACAGUGAUAAACAAUAUGGAUAUCAUGUAUAGAGUUUAUAACAAUAUUUAUCUUGUGAAGACAACAAUGUUCUUUGUCAUAGUAACAUACCCAUAUGAGUAUACAACAGUACUGUAGUGUCCAAUUGCAGGCUAAUUUACUUGCUUGCCUCUUUGAUUGUUCUCAGCUACCAUUCAAAGAAUAUUAAACAAAAUUUGCAAGAUGGAUUUCUACA